GACACCACGCAGCCGGGCUCUGCAUCAGCAUUGCCCAGCACUGCACGGCCAGGCACUGGCCUUUCAACCGAUGAGCCCAGUGCCUCGCCAAUGCCGGGCGAAGAACGACCAUGGGCCGGCCUGAUCGAUGGCGGGCCAGCUCAGCACAACACGGCCGCCAUCAAGGAGCCUCAGAUGGAAGAGGAAGAGCCUCUGACGCCACCACCAUGCCCGUGGCCUCCCCUGCAAGAGAGUUGCUACCACCAGCCCCGCCCUUCAACAGACAGCUGCUGGACAGCCUGGGAUGGCUCUUGGUGGGCCAACUACUGGGACAGCACAAACCAGGAACCACCGGACGAGUCCACAAGGGUCGACAGCCGUCACUACGCCUACAGCACCGACCCAGCAUGGCACCGCAACACACGCAUCUUCUACCACGGCAUGCAGCGGAGCCCUGCCAAACCUUCGGAGCCGGAGCAGACCCAGCCAGAGCCUGCACCGCACACCACAGCACUCGCCCUGGCCUACUAUAGCGCCAAAGGCGAUGCCGUCGCCAUCCACUGGCACAGCACAGCAGUCGCCAUGGCCUGCCACGACGCCGAAGGCGACGCCCA